AUGCCUUUCCUCGAACUUCGCGAUGGCGCCCAGCUGUUUUACAAAGAUUGGGGCAACCCAAAUGGCUCGAUUAUCACAUUUUCGCAUGGCUGGCCCCUAAGUAGUGACAACUGGGAGAACCAGAUGUUCUUCCUAGCUGAUCGCGGCUAUCGCGUCAUUGCUCACGAUAGACGUGGACAUGGUCGCUCAACGCAGACCUGGAGUGGAAACAACAUGGACACCUUCGUGGAUGAUCUCGAGGAACUGUUCAAGUACCUCGGCGUCAAGGACGCUAUAAUGGUUGGGCAUUCGCACGGAGGAGGGGAAGUCACCCAUUACCUUGGGAAAUACGGCACCGGCCGUUUCAAGAAGGCCGUUCUUGUUGGCGCUGUACCACCCUUGAUGUUGAAAACCUCGACCAACGCCGAAGGAACCGACAAGUCCGUUUUUGACUCUUUCCGUCAAUCUAUGAUACAAGAUCGUGCUCAAUUCUUCUUGGAUGUUCCUACUGGGCCAUUCUUCGGAUUCAAUCGGCCCGGUGCCACGAAGAGCGAGGGUCAAAUCCGGAGCUGGUGGCAGCAGGGAAUGAACACCAGCUUUAAGUCGGCAUAUGAUUCAAUCACGGACUUUUCAGAGACCGAUUUCACUGAGGACCUGAAAAACAUCGAUAUCCCCGUGCUUGUGCUCCAUGGCGACGAUGAUCAGGUGGUUCCCAUUGAGGCUUCAGGACUCAAAUCAGCGAAGCUUUUGCCUCAAGGGAUGCUGAAGAUCUAUCCUGGUGGCUCUCAUGCGAUCCACAACAUCAACAUUGACGAAGUGAAUAACGAUUUGCUCAAGUUUGCGCAAUCUUAG